CUGCCCUGUUUUCCUUGCGGAUGUAGUCGUCGUGUCCCGGCGAGACAUGUAGGUAGUGAUGUGGCUGAGGUCCGUGGCGGAGCGAUCUGCGAACGACAAAAGAGAUGAGACGUUGUUAGCUGGGAGAUCCCAUUACAGGGGACGCACGUUUUAAAAUGGUCGAAACAAAAGCGUAAGAAACGAUAGGCCUUUCAACCCACAAACAAAACAAAACAAAACAAAAAAAUAAGAAAAAAAAGAAACAACCAAAAACCAAAAUCGACACAUCUCCUCAAGUCUAAUCUGGUUAUUUGUAGUAACUCUUAGUGGAUUCAUAGGCUACUCGCGUGGGAAAUGGAGAAGAAAAGGUGGGAUUGCACUGCUCUCCCCAAAGGCUGGAAAAUGGAAGAAGUGACCAGAAAGUCGGGUUUGUCAGCUGGCAAGAGCGAUGUCUAUUACUUUAGUCCAUCUGGGAAGAAGUUUCGGAGCAAGCCUCAGCUGGCCCGUUACCUUGGUAACCAGAUGGACCUCAGCUCCUUUGAUUUUCGCACGGGGAAGAUGCUGAUGAGCAAACUGAACAAGAACCGUCAGAGACUGCGAUAUGAUAACAACAACCAGAACAAGGGCAAGCCUGAUUUGAAUACAUCACUCCCAGUCAGGCAGACGGCCUCCAUUUUUAAGCAGCCAGUUACCAAGGUUACCAACCAUCCCAACAACAAAGUGAAAACAGACCCUCAGAAAGCUGUUGAUCAACCUCGACAGCUGUUUUGGGAGAAAAAACUCAGUGGUCUUAAUGCUUACGAUAUUGCAGAAGAGUUGGUGAAAACGAUGGAGCUGCCUAAAGGCCUGCAAGGCGUUGGACCGGGCUGCACAGAUAAAACUCUCCUGUCAGCCAUAGCGAGCGCUCUCCACACCAGCGCUGCUCCCAUCACUGGGCAGCUGUCUGCUGCUGUGGAGAAGAACCCGGGAGUGUGGCUCAACACGACGCAGCCGCUGUGCAAAGCCUUUAUAGUCACAGACGAGGACAUCAGGAAGCAGGAGGAGCUGGUGCACAGUGUGAGGAAAAGGCUGGAGGAGGCGCUCAUGGCUGACAUGUUGGCCCAUGUUGAAGAGGCUGCCAACGAAGGAGAGCCUCUGAAGGACGACGGCAACGGCAGUGAGGAUAUGGAAAGCGUAUAGCACAGGUGGUUGGAGACAUAAGUGAAGGGUUUUUCUAAAAUCAAAAUAGGAUUGUUCAACGCCUUUUCACAAGACCACGAACAGUUGGAACCCUUUUUCCAGUCCAGCCCUGAUGAACUGCCCCCUCCACCGACCGGUAUCUGCAUCCAACUUUAACCUCAACCCAAUUCACUCCAGUGCAAUCUCAGCAUUUGUUUUAUCAUGAACUCUGCUGGACUUGACUGUAUUAAUCAGCCCAGAUGAUUUUUAUGAUGAAAACAACAAACAAGAUU